GCCACUCUCCAUUCUUCCUCUCCUCCUCCCCCCGCUUCUCCUCCCCACCUCCGCCUCCGCCUCCGAUCCGCCGCCGCCGUCGGCGACCGCCGGAGCCGCGUGUAGCACGCCGUCUCACCCCCGCCCCCCCCCCCCAAUCGCUCUCCAUUUCCCUCCCCUUUCGCUCGCUGCUGCUCCCGCACGCCGCCGGUGCCCGGAUCCCGCUGGCCGACGUCGCCCCUGCCGCCGAGCUGCCUCCUCCUCCCCUUCUCUCGCCGCUCGAAAUGAUGUUGGAGCUCUGGUGGUAAUUAACCAUGGAUGCAAUGGAGGCCGAGGAAGGUCCUUUUCUGGCUAAUGAUGCUAAGUUGCAUGCCGGAAUGUACAGAGCAUUUCAUCCUGCGGUCUCAAAACUUGUAGCGAUUUUCCCUUUCAUUGAAGCAUCAAGACCCAGAAGCAAAUCUGGCAUACAGGCGCUAUGCUCUCUACAUGUAGCUCUAGAUAAAGCCAAAGGUCUUCUUCAACAUUGUGCAGAUUGCAGCAGGCUCUACUUGGCCAUAACUGCAGAAACUGUGCUUUUGAAAUUUGAGAAAGCAAGAACCCAACUUCAGGAGAGUCUUAGACGCGUGGAGGGCAUAGUAACAGAAGAAAUUGGUUGUAAGAUUGUAGAGAUUAUUGCUGAGUUGGAAGAAGUGGUAUUUACAUUGGAUCAAUCAGAGAAGGAAGCUGGUGACGAGGUGAUCAAUUUGCUCCAGAGAAACAGGAAAAUGAAUAGUUCCAGUGAUAGUGGGGAGCUUGAGGUUUUUCAUAUGGCUGCACUAAAGCUGGGAAUUACGUCUUCCAGGGCAGCACUCACUGAGAGAAGGGCCCUGAAGAAGCUAAUUGAGAAGGCUCGUUCUGAUGAAGAUAAGCGGAAAGAGUAUGUUGUGUCAUACCUGUACAAUCUAAUGAGGAAAUACUCAAAAUUUUUCAGAAGUGAGGCUGGUGAUGAUACUGAUUCUCAAGGAUCGUCUCCAUGCUCGCCGACAAUAUUAGGCAUGGAGGACAUGUAUGGACCCUAUGGUAAUGGCCGAGCAUUCAGCAGACAACUUUCGAGUAUUCAAUCAUUCAAUUCAAGGUUUGGAUCUUUCAACUCUAGGCUUGGGUCAUUCAAUUGUAGGCGUAGUGGUCCAAGGUCCGAAAACAUGUCGAUCCCUCCUGAGGAGCUCCGGUGCCCUAUUUCCCUACAACUGAUGUACGACCCAGUUAUCAUUUCAUCAGGGCAAACUUAUGAGCGUGUUUGCAUUGAGAAAUGGUUUAAUGAUGGUCACAGCACCUGUCCAAAGACUCAGCAGCAAUUAUCUCACCUGUCUUUGACUCCAAAUUACUGUGUUAAGGCCCUAAUUGCCAGCUGGUGUGAGCAGAAUGAUUUUCCUGUUCCUGAUGGUCCACCAGGAUCCUUCGAUGUAAAUUGGAGACUUGCUUUAUCUGACUCCGAAGCGACUGGCUGCGUGUCUCUUGAAAGUUUUGACUCUAUCAACGUGAAGAGUGUCAAGGUAGUUCCAUUGGACAACGUGAGAAAAGAAGAGCCAGCAAACAACGAAUCGGGAACAUUGGACGACAGCUCUUGUUAUGAUUUCGAUAUGAAUGAGGGGUACCGAAACUUACUGCUAAUGCUUCAUGAAAAAACCAACUUACACAUCCAGUGCAGGUUGGUUGAGCAGAUAAGAUAUCUUCUGAAAGAUGAUGAGGAAGCUAGAAUCCAGAUGGGCUCAAAUGGGUUUGCUGAGGCACUAGUUCAGUUCUUGAGGAACGCUGUGCAAGAUGGAAAUGAGAAGGCACAGGAAAUUGGUGCCAUGGCUCUUUUUAACCUUGCUGUCAACAAUAACAGGAACAAGGGACUUUUAUUGUCUGCUGGAGUAAUCGAUCAACUUGAGCAGAUGAUAUCAAAUCCACGCCUAUCUGCUCCAGCCACGGCACUAUACCUUAACCUUUCCUGCCUACCUGAGGCAAAGAACAUCAUUGGUUCGAGCCAGGCUGUGUCAUUCCUAGUAGACCGUCUGUUCAGUCAUGAGGCCCGCGACACAAAAGGCAGCUCUUGCAAGCAUGAUGCCCUAUACACACUAUACAAUCUCUCCAACCACCAGGCCAGCGUACCGUCGCUUUUGUCUGCGGGCAUUGUGGAAGCUCUUCACUCUCUCCUUUCGGAGUCCCUGGCGUCUGAGGGCCUGGGUUGGACAGAGAAGGCCCUUGCAGUGCUCAUCAGCCUUGCGGCAACCCAAGCUGGCAGAAAAGAUAUCAUGUCCACCCCAGGUCUGAUCAGCACCUUGGCGAUGCUGCUGGACACCGGCGAGCCAACAGAGCAGGAGCAGUCGGUGUCCUGCCUUUUGGUGAUGUGCUCAGCCGAUGACAAGUGCAUCGCACCGGUGCUGCAGGAAGGAGUGGUGCCUUCCUUGGUUUCCAUCUCGGCAACCGGCACAGGCAAGGGGAAGGAGAAGUCCCAGAAGCUGCUCAAGCUGUUCCGGGAGCAAAGGCAGCGAGAUGGGGCACAGCCUGUGCCGCAGCAAGCUCAGCAGCAGCAGCAGCAGCAGCAGCAGCAGCAGCAGGCGGGAGAGACCGGUAACGGCACCAUGGUGUGCCGCCGCGACUCAAAACAGCUGUGCAAGUCUAAAUCGAGGAAGCUAGGAAGGACUCUGAGCUCACUGUGGAAGAACAGGAGCUUCUCCCUGUACCAAUGCUAGCAGAUUUUUGAGCUGAGUUUGAUCAGUGGAUAUGUACAUCUUUUCUUGUUCCAUGUUUCUCUUGAUCUUUCUUUUUUUUUUGCCUUCUUUGUUGUUUCCUUGUGUAAAGUAAAACUAUCUUCCCCCCCUUCUCGGUGGGGUGAUGUAGGCCAUUUCCUCUUUGUUUUUCUUUGCCAAGAUAUGUGCAUAGCUCAUCUUUCACUCUACUUAACAAGUUCAGAUCAGAUCAUCAGAUUGUCUCCCCUGAA